AUGUUUGGUUUUCUCUCCAGCAAGUACGAGCCCAACGGGAGUCCUAGAGAUAGUGUUGACAGUACCUCGAGUCUAAAGAAACUCCCAUCAGCUUCCGACAAGAUCAACACCGAGAAGGAGAGUCUAGAAGCUAAGAUAUUCUGCCUUUAUCACUUGGCCUGGCUUGGCAUCUAUCAAGUCCAUGACGAGAACGGCCGAGAUCACGCUACUAGAUUAGCUGAGCUCUUUGACGGCGCAGGAAUGUCUUCCUAUGUCGACAACUCCGAACAAGAGCUCAACGAUCACCACAGGAACAAUCGGGGAAGAUAUACCGGGGCGGAAAGUUGUGUCCUAAAACCUCUAUGGACAGCUCUGAACAACAAAGGGCUAAUGAGCCUAAAGUUGUUCGAGGGACUGUCAGUCACGUCGCUAGAGGCAACGAUUGAGCUGCUAGAAGCCUACGUAAAGGAGGUUACUAGUGUAAAUACCUUGUACCAAGUACUUCGGGAGCUCCAGGUGGGGUUUCGAACUCCAACGGAAGGUGACGAACAGGCUGUUCUGAAACAGUUCGUCCCCGUCGCGAAUCAGUUUGCUAAACGGCUUCUGCAUCUUGAUGCAAGAUUAAAGGUUCUCGUUUCAGACAUGGAGGAUGAGUUUUGGAAUGAGCAUGGGGCAGCCAAGGGGCGGAAGGGGUGGCUUGUGCAUUACGCACUUUUUUCMCCGUCAUCGGCASGAGCCGGUAAGAAACCGAGCCUUAUGUCUUUCUCGUAA